AUGAUAAGAACCUGGCGGGAGGCCCCUGUUCGCGUGGCGAGAGGCGACGCUGGGGAAUCACUGGUGAGAGGCGACGUGGCAGACCGACCCCUUUCCCCGUUUCCCCACUUCCCCUCCCCUCGCUUUCUCCCCACCCUCUCCUCCCCCUGCGUUUCCCCGCCCUCCCCCCUCCCCACUUCCUUCUUCCUCUUCUCGCUCGUCCCCCGCUCCGUUCUUCGCUCAUCCUCCUCCCCGCUCUCCCCUCAUCUCCCCCCUAUCCCCCUCUCCUCUAAUUUCCCUGCGCCUAUCUCCCACCGCACUCACCCCUCAUCCCCCCUCCGCUCUUCCCCCCUUCCUCCCACCCCCCCCAAUUCUCGCUCACCCCACAUCCCCUCCCCUCCCCCCUUGCCUCUCCUCCACCCUCACUCGCACCUCAUCCCUCUCCCCAUCCACCCUGCGUUCCCCCAAUUCCCCCAGUCCUUCCCUCAUCGUUCCCCUCACUCACCCCUCAUUUCUCCCACCCAUUCAUCUCAUGCAUCCUUAUCCCCCCUCCCCUCUCCCUCCCCUCUCCCUCCCCUCUCCCUCCCCCUCCCUCCUCUCCCUCCCCUCUCCCUCCCCUCUCCUCCCCUCUCCCCCCUCUCCCUCCCCUCUCCCUCCCCUCUCCCUCCCCUCUCCCUCCCCUCUCCCUCCCCUCUCCCUCCCCUCUCCCUCCCCUCUCCCUCCCCUCUCCCUCCCCCUCUCCCUCCCCUCUCCCUCCCCUCUCCCUCCCCUCUCCCUCCCCUCUCCCUCCCCUCUCCCUCCCCUCUCCCUCCCCUCUCCCUCCCCUCUCCCUCCCCUCUCCCUCCCCCUCUCCCUCCCCUCUCCCUCCCCUCUCCCUCCCCUCUCCCUCCCCUCUCCCUCCCCCUCUCCCUCCCCUCUCCCUCCCCUCUCCCUCCCCUCUCCUCCCCUCUCCCUCCCCUCUCCCUCCCCCUCUCCCUCCCUCACUCCCUCCCCCUGGAUCCAUCUGUCAUUCCCCAUCUGCUCUCCCCUCAUCUCCCCCCACGCACCUCCGUCUCUCAACCCUCAUCUCCUCCCUCCCCCCAACCUUUCCUUGCCCUGCCCACGCCACACACCCCUCAACCCCUCCCACAUGACCCUCAUCUUACCUGUCCCCUUGCCCUUCCUGCCCCUAACAAUCAAUUCUCCCCUUCUCUCCUCUCCUCCCUCCCUCCCCAACCCCCCGCCUCCCCUUCUCCCACUCCAUUCUUCCACCACGCUCCUCGUCGCUCCUCUAGCGGCUCGCUUGUCGUUGCAGCAUGUGACCCGACGACUGCUUAA